GAAGAGUUAAUACAUAGAUUUAAAAUUAUUUUGGCCGCAAUAAAUUGUAAUGCAGCAGUCGACACUAGCAAAUUUCAUAUAUAUUGCAUGGAUACUGCCAAGUUGUUUGUUGAUCUCUAUGGCUGGUACUACAUGCCUGUAACUGUGCAUAAGAUUCUGGUGCAUGGUAGCAAAAUUAUAGCAGAAGCUAUUCUGCCAAUAGGUAUGCUGUCCGAAGAAGCUCAGGAAGCGAGGAAUAAAGAUUAUAGAGCCUAUAGAUUACAUCAUUCGCGAAGAAUUGGACGUGUAGCCACUAAUGAAGAUGUAAUGCAUAACCUUUUAUUGUCUUCAGACCCAUUUAUAAAUAGAUUUCGCUCAAAGCUGCAAAUCAAAAAAUUGGAGUACGAUAAUGAUGUUAAAAAAUUAUUAAAAGACUAUGCUUAAUUUA